AUGUUUAAUUCUCAGUCGUUUCGUCCCUCAGUUGUGUCUGACUCUUUGCGACCCCAUGGACGACAGUCCACCAGUCUCCUCAGCCCAUGGGAUUCUCCAGGCAAGAACACUGGAGUGGGUUGUCAUGCCCUCCUCCAGGGGAUCUUCCCGACCCAGGAAUCGAACCUGCAUCUCUUGCAUUGGCAGACGGAUUCUUUACCAUUAGUACUACCUGAUUUUUACGUUGAGUUUAAAACCAUGCCCCUUUCACUUCCAAUUAUGGGACCUGGCUCUAACCAUCAUUUCAAGCAUCCUCAGCACUGUAAUCCCUUGGAAACCUCAGAAAUAGUUGAAGCUAACACGUGUUACAGAACCCUGCCCAAAUCUCAUCAGUGUCCUCAUGGAAGCUUUGGACCCUUGCCAUAG